AUGGAUCAAAGUAUCUGUAUUAAAUUCUGUAUGAAAAACAAAAUAAAGUGCGCGGACGCAUUCCGAAUGUUAUCUGUGGCAUAUGGUGAAGAAACCAUGGACCAAAGCAACGUUUAUCGGUGGUACAAUAUGUUCUCAGAGGGCCGAGAAGAUCUGAACGACGAACAGCGUGACGGACGCCCGAGCACGUCAACAACAGACGAUAACAUUGAUAAAGUGAAGAAAAUAUUAUUGGCCAAUCGUCGAAUCACCGUUAGAGAAGUUGCUGAGGACCUACACAUAUCGAUUGGCUCGUGCCAUUCGAUUGUUAGUAAUGAUUUGGGCAUGAGUCGGGUCGCCGCGAAAGUCGUGCCAAAAUUGCUCAAUUUCGACCAAAAACAGAUUCGCGUUAACAUUGCUCAGGAGAUGUUGGACUCGGUCCGUGACGACUCAAAUGUGCUCCAGAGGGCCAUAAGUGAUGACGAAUCAUGGAUUUUGUUUAUGACGUGGAAACCAAAGCUCAAUCAUCCCAAUGGAAGCUGCCGCAUGAGCCAAGACCGAAAAAGCGCGCCAAAUUCGGUCGAACAUGAAGGAGACAAAAUAGAUAUUCAUGAAUAA